AUGUCGGUGGCAUCGCUAGCUCCUGCGAACAGCCAGAGAAGCAGAGCGACGGCUGUGAAGUCCUUCGAAGACUUCCUUGCGAAGAAGGAGGUGACGCUCACAGAAGUGCAUAGGCCGGAGCAAGGUGUCACGAAACAAGCGCCACCAUGUACUAAGAAAGAUAUAAAGACUAUCAUCUCGGCUCUCUACAUGCACGCUUCCGCCAACUCCGACUACCUGGAUGCGGUGCUAGUGGCGUUGAUGUGGUACCUCUACGGUCGUGGUUCUGAGGCUGAGCAAUUGGAGAAAGCCCAGCUGUGUGUAUACCGCGGCAGUAUGAUAUUUCUCCGCUUUAAGCGUGUGAAGACUGCUUCGCAACAGGGAAUCUCCCUGUUUAAGGGUCCUAACAAUCCCUUCACGUGCCCGUUACACGUGCUAGCUGUCGCUCUCGCCCUUCAACCCGCUCCAGGAACUCGCAUCUUCCCGCAAUUUGCUGCCGUACCUGCGCUGUCCGCGUCCGACGACCAAGACGACGAUGGCGAGCUGGGGCUGAUUGCGCAGCUAGACCGCGAGCUUGCGGAAGCACCUACAUGCAAGACUCCACAGCCAUGUCGAGCCAACUUGGCCCCUGGUGCCCAAGCUUAUAUCAAUAGACUAUUAGUCACGGUUAGUGGGCUGCCAGCAGCAAAGGAGAGUGGACUCACGAAGGGACUUACCUCGCACUCCUUCAGAAGAGGUGGGGCCAUGCACGCCAACGCCGACAGCCGCAUUAGCCCGAACUGGGUUGUUGAACGCGGGGGCUGGAAUAUGUCGCGCGUGAGCAAGGCGUUUUCCUACAUGCUGAACACAACACACGAAGAUCAACAAAUUGCGCGCCAAUUGAGCGGUUGGAACCCGCAAGCGGGCGCCCGACUUCCAGACCUUACCGCCCUGGACGGAGUUGUCCGAGCGCGCGUGGAGAAGCUGCAGGAUCUUCUCUUCGCUGCUGUCACUGGUUUCCCAACAGUGUCUUGGAACUUGGAUCCUCAGGUGCUCGAAGUGUUGAUGGCGACCUUGAUCCUUCACUUCCCCGAGAUGGAACGCCAUCGCUUGGAUAGCCCGUACGUCCGUCGCAUUCAUGAAGCCCUUGGUGUCCUCAACAUACAGGCCUCCGAGCUGUUGGCAUGGUCGAUCACCCUCCGAGCUGCAUUCAAUCCACCUGCAGAAGAGAAACAAGAAACAGUGUCGCAGCAGCUCGACGAGCUAUUGCUCCGCCAAACACGCGUAGAGGAAAGGCUGGCUGUUUUGGGGGCGAACGCAGAAUCUAUUGACAAGAAAACAAACACUACCGAGCAGCAGCACGAAGACGUUGAGCAGUCGCAGCCAAAGCGCGCGCGCAAACGUGCCUCCAAAGCGCUAUCGGCAGUGUGGUUCGAGUGGUUCACUGCUGUACCACGCAUGUACGAAUCAAUAACAGUUAGCAAAGCCAUCCUUCACGAGUCACGACGCGCAGUUGCAUUCAUGAUGCUCUGCUUACCUUCUGGGUUCAAGCUGGACCCGGCCUCGCCAGCGUACAAGGCGGAGGUCCACGCUGUUGGAGUCGAAGCCGAGAAGAAGACGCUUGAAUACUUGGCUGCACAAGGCUCACAGGCUGUAGCCGUUGGCUCGGUCGUCAAAGCCAUGCGUGUGCUUCACAAAGCAGGCCACCUUUCCGUCCUCCUUGACCAGUUUCGCGAGCGCUACUAUGAAGGCGAAGGCGUCGACCCGACACCCAAUUCCGCCCUUCCGCCAUUCCUGCGCUUCACCUAA